ACCCCCGCCCUCCUCUUCCCUCCCGCCCCCACCUCUUCCUCCUCAAGCCCGCGGCACCCUCAGCGACAUCUCCUUGCGUCUGCGAAAGACGCUUCGAGCCUCCCUUCUACCCGACGCAUCACACUAUCUGGGCACACUGUAACGACCCGUGAUCAUUCUCUGCGGUAGAGAAUUCCGGCACCAUGUCAUCACCUGCGGCGGAAACAUACGGCCCCAUCUUUGUCGGGGUCGUCCUCAACAUCGUCUUGUAUGGUAUCAUGAUUACGCAGACGUUCCUCUACUUCACUGUAUACAAGCGAGACAAGAUAUGGAUGAAGCUUUUCGUCGCGCUCCUCUUCUUCUGCGAUACUCUCAACUGCGCUUUCGACAUCGCCUUUACCUACCUGCCUCUCGUCAACGACUUCGGUGACCUUGCCAGUCUGAACUACGCGUCUUGGGUCUUCGCUACGGAUCCUGCUAUGACGGCGAUCAUUGCGUUAUUCGUUCAAAUGUUCUUCGCAUGGCGAGUCAAGGUCCUUACGGGCAGUAUCACCGCCGUCUGUGUCAUUAUGUUCUGCUCGCUCUGCCAGUGGUGCGGUGGCAUCGGAACGGCAAUCGCUGUUGGGAUGAUUCCCGAGUUCACUCACUUCCAGCAGUUCGAGGUCAUCGUCAUUGUUUGGCUGGCGUUUUCUGCCGUUGCCGACACCAUGAUUUGUAUCUCUCUCGUCUGGCACCUGAGGAAGCACAAGACUGGCUUCUCUCAGACCGAUGAUGUAGUCAACAAGAUCAUCAGGAUGACUGUCCAGACAGGUCUGAUCACUGCCUUGUGCGCUAUCAUCGAUCUCGUCCUCUUCCUUGCUACGCCCGCCGGUCUCCACUUGAUCUUCAACUUGCCUCUGUCGAAGCUGUACACCAACUCAUUGAUGUCCAGUCUCAACUCGCGUGCUGGAUGGAAGUACGGGAACGGCCUGGGCGUGGGCACGAGUGCGAGCGAGCUUGGCCGCUCACAGAUCAAGGGCCUCCAGAUGCAGAGCGAGUACGGGAAGCGGGUUAGUGUAAUGAACUCGGCCGGCCAAGAGGUAUACAUUGACGUCGAGAGCCAUGAAAUGAUCGACUCAUUGGACAAGGGCCCCUCGCCCAGCGAGUCCAGCGACGUGGGCACGGUGAAGAUGUUCGCGCUGCCGAGGAAGAGCUCGGAGAAGCCGAGUCGCGCGAGUGUUGGUCAGGCUCCGAGCCGCCCAUCCGUGACUUUCUGAAAAGUCCGAGUCGCAGCAACACUCCACCAUCUUCCACCAUUGAAGAAGCAAGUCGAAAGUUAGCGUGGACCGACGGCUUGUUCUCCCAUCUCCGUUCCCAGCCGUUGAAUGGAUGUUCCGCUCCUCCUCCUCCUCGAGUUUCUCUCGGUGCCUUUUAGUCAUUGAUCUUGAGGUUCUGAUUCCGAAUUCGCACCUGGCAGGAGC